CAAAUGUAUGGUAAAUAGUCAAUUGCAUGAACUACCUGAGGUUUAUCCAUGGAAUCUUUCAUCCAUUCGUUGAUUGCUAACAGUCUUCCAAACUUUCUGACCAUUUUUAGAGAGGUCCGUUUCUUUUCCGAUUUCGUUUAAAAAUUCCUUUGUAGUUUGUACAACUUCCUGGUAUAGAACCGGGUACUCACUUUGGUGAAGAAUUCCUUGACCGCGUGAAUCAAUUAAUUGGAACGAAAUAUGUCUGGAGAUGAUAAUGCAGAUGAUCUUAUAAAUUCUGAUGUUUUCAGAGGAGGAUUUUCGGAUUUGAAUCAUCAGGAUUUUCAAAACGUAUCCAUCUCGCCGGAUCAUUCAGCACCAAAUGCUAACGCUGAAUCUGAAAUCCGUUCUUACAUGGAAGGAGUUAAUGAUAAUGCUUCCCCGGGUCCACUUUUUGAAGCGAAUCGCUCUAUUGCUGAAGACACUAUGAAUUCUUCGACUAGUUCGACAAAAGGUCGAGAGUCUUUAAACAAAGAUGACCAACAGACCUUAAAAAUACGAAUUAUGGAAAUUGAGGCUAAGAACACAAAAGAUCCUGUUGUCAAGAUGAAUAUACGAGCUAAUAUUAAUGGGUAUCGUUCAAAAAUAUACAAAAAUGUACGAAGGACCCAUGGAGAAAUUAAUAAACUAGCACGAUACUUUAUGUCUACUCAUCCGGAAUGUCUUAUUCCUGCUGUUCCAGAGGUUUUCACUUCAGCCGGCAUCGGUGGUAGAGAUGACAUGCAAUACAUGGUAAAUGGCUUACAAUCUUGGUUGAAUUAUGUUUCAGCAAAUCCAAAUUUGCUCCAUGAUCCAGAAUUGAAGUUAUUUGUUGAAAGCGAUUACGGGUAUUCUCCAUUAGUGAGUACCGGAAACCCUACGUCCGGUCUUAAGAGAAAAGCACUAAAACAACUUCCUUUGCCCCCCGACUCUUGUGAAGAGUUGGCAACGUUGCGCCCAGUAGUUAAAUCCUUCUACAUUAAUACGAAAGAAACUGAAAUGAAGCUCAAAAAGCUAGUUGCUAAAAAGCAAGCCUUAGCACGAUCAAAUAUUGAACUAGGUCAAAGCAUGAUUGAUUAUGCUGCUGCUGAAGAUCAUACUGGUAUGGCAAGUGCCAUAAGUCGCUUAGGGAAGAUGCUUCAAUCUUUAUCUGAUGUUCGCCUGAUGCAAUCUACUACGCGACUUGUUACGUUUGCCGAUACCCUUGCUUAUGCAUCUAACAAUGCAUUUGUUGCAAAGGAAAUUCUCUCGAAUAGACACAUUUUAAUGCGCGAUUUAAUUACCGCGCAGAAUCAAACAAAUGCUUGUCUUUCUUCUGCAAAUCGUCUGCAAAGCAAUCCAAAGAUCAGCAAAGCACGUACUGAUGAAGCUUUAGAUGCUCUUGAGACAUCAAGGUUACACGAAAAGGAACUUUCCCAAAAGCUGGCUUAUGUUACAUUGAAUUUAAUGAACGAAUCCAAAACAUAUAAAAAGCAAACAUCCGCUACAUUGCGGGAGUCUAUUCGUGAUUUUGUGGAGAAGGAGGCUUAUUAUGAGCGUCGAGUUCUAGCUACCUUGGAGUCCGUUCGACCUUACAUACGAAACAUUGAUAAUAUGGGAGGUUUGUCUCGUCUUGGCCGUGAAGGUUUUCCUCGUAGAUUAAGCAAUCCUCCGCCAAGUCAGAAAUUAAAUCAAGAUGCUUGGAACAAUCGUAAGCGUUCUGGUUUUUCAUAUAAGUCUGAUGUCUCUUCGCAGGCUGGAAAUGGAUCUUCAAAUGUAAGUGAAAGUACCAAUGAUGGAGAUGAUCUUAUAGAAAGGCAUCAAGGAGCUGAUAAGCUGGAUCCCAAGAGUGUUGCUAGUUUAUUGAAUGCUAUUUAGAGUUUAACUGAGAUAACUUUAAAUGAUGAUUAUGUUAAUGAACUCAAUUAAUUCCUACGUUCUCUAAUAUCCAAUUUUGUUUAUAAAAGUAAAAUGAUCUAUUGAAUCCUUUUUUUGGGUAUAAUGUAUUAGGGAAAGACAAUAAAUACCAAGUUAUUUACCAUGUCUCUUGAAAGAACCUUCUUUCUUUUUCAAGCUUUUUUAGAAACUCAUAACCUUCGGAUAUACUCUCACCUGCAAAUUUUGAGAUAAUGCCUGCAAUGGCAUCACGAACAGCAUUCGGCAUACUUCCUGAUGAACCGCAAACACAUACCAUUCCUCCCUCUUCACGUAGUGUAUGAUAUAUCAUUUCUUCAUAUUCUUGGAUUUUAUGUUGAACAUAUACUUUCUUCUCUUGGUCGCGAGAAAAUGCGCAAUACAACUGUAAAUUUCCGGCAUUCUUGUGAUACUCCCAAUCUUCACGAAGAAGAUAAUCCAUAGAUUCCUUUCGACAUCCAAAAAACAACACAUUAUUCUUGAUUUCAAGAUUCACCCUCUCUUGAAUCAAACAGCGUAACGGUGCAACACCGGUACCAGGACCCACACCAAUUAAAGGUCUGUCUAGUGUAUAAGGAAGUGAAAGGAAUCCUGGUAAAAUUUCGAUGUUAAAAUGAAUUCCUUGAUGAAGAUGUGCUAACCACCGACUACAGAUUCCUUGUCGAGGCUCUUUUAGAAUAGUCUGAUACUUCACCAAUGCAAUUAGUAGCUCGAGUUUUCCUUCGCUCUGAUUGCAGCGGUUUGCUAUGGAAUACUGCCGGCCACGAAUUACAGGGAGAGCGUCUAAAGCGUAUUCAAAAGGUAUAUGAACCGAGUGAAACUCUUGCAGAGUUUCAAGUAAUGUUCUACGAGGUCUGGUAACAUAGUCAUAAUAAUCGUCUAAACCUUCAAGACUAGCAAACUCUAACAGCCUUUCUUUGUGUAAAUCAUCAUUUGUGAAAUGUGCAGCGUAUUCAAAGAAGGUACGAUUUGGCACAGAAUGUAUGGAAAUAACGUACUUCACAAAAUUGAAAACUGUUAAUGGAUUUGGGAGCCAAGGGUUUUUUCGUUCUGGAAUAUUAGAGGUUAUAAAUACUAAAUCAUCAGCGAAGGAAUCCCACUUCAAACACCUCAGAAAACUAUGGACACUCUCAUCAUCAUUCCAGGGAUACAAAACUGCAAUAUCUCCUGGUUUCCAACUCACCGAGCUGGGUAGUGAAAGUCCAACCUUUCUAACAUCCUGCCAGUGCUUGUCUGCAGUUAUGCGAUUAUUUUCUUGGAGGGUAGAGGGGAUCGCUCCUCUCGUGUGUUGCGGUUGUUCUGUUAAUUCAUGUGUAUUACCAGAUCGAAUAAUUGAAUAAGAGGGAGGUAUGUUUUCGGAAUCUCUGAGAGCUGGUUGAGAUGGAGUUUUGACGGUUGCCAAUGCGGAGCUUAAAUGUGUGCACCAAAAUGCAAAUCCACCUUCGACCCUAAAAGCUGUGAGUAUGAAAAUUUAUUAUAUGGUAGUAAACAUACCCUUGAGGGUGUUGCUCGUCACCUUCACCUCUAGGACAAAAGCUUUGAGCACCAAGUUGUCGAAGACGGCUAUCCAAUUUCUUUGAGGCCCAAUUGUAUCUAAAAGUUAGUUUGCAAUUAUCAGGGAAUUAUAAGCCUUUACUACCUUACGUAAGAGGUAUCACCACACCCAAAAACAGCGUAUUGCAUAUCAUCAAGAAGAUUCAUGGGAAGACGUUUUUUAAGUAAAAAUUUCCAAAAUUUCUAAAGAAAUCAGCCGCCAUCUUCUUAUAUAAUACAUACCCGCAUAUUUAAAGGCAUUUCACCUUGUCCCGUGGUACUGCAAACAAACACGCAAAGGAGAGGUUCAAUUAGUUUUUGCUGUCAUGUUAGACACUUCUUUUUAGAGUUUAUAAGGCUUACAGUAUCAAAUUCAUCCAUAGGAAGUGUAACUACUCUAUACCCGAGGCGGAUCAGAUUUCUAUACAGUCUCUCCGACAAUUCUUCUGCAGUGCCUGUUUCAGAGCCAUAAAGAACAUAUAUAGGUUUCGUUUCCAUUUUUUAGAUUUACAUUUAAUCAAACACGAAGGAAUAGAUCAAAAAAUAUACGGAAGGUAAUAGUCUUGGUCCAGCUUGCGGAUUUACCAAUUUUGAUGUUUUGGAACCAUUUGCUUAACGAAGCUAAAAUUAAUUAGACUCAGAUUUAC